CACGCCAGAACACGCAAGGCGCGCGCGCACUCUCAGAUCGGCGCUCGCCUGGCUGGGUCGGGCGCGCAGGCGCAGUGGAGAGGCCGCGUGGGGGAGGAAGGCGGCGCUGGGCCAGAGGGGCCCGCCGCGGGAUAUUCCGGGGCGGCGAGAGCGGAUUUGCCAUGGCUUUCUUUGCUGGGCUCUGGUGCCCCUUCACCCGUGCAGGCAGAGCCCUCAGCCAGCGCAGUUUCAGCACCACUGGGAGCCUCGAUGCAAUUCAGAAGAUGACUCGCGUACGUGUGGUGGACAACAGUGCCCUGGGGAACACCCCAUACCAUCGCCCUCCUCGUUGCAUCCACGUCUAUAACAAGAGUGGGGUGGGCAAGGUGGGUGACCGGAUACUGCUGGCCAUCAAGGGACAGAAGAAAAAGGCACUCAUUGUGGGGCAUCGCAUGCCUGGUCCUCGGAUGACACCCAGGUUUGACUCUAACAAUGUGGUCCUCAUUGAGGACAACGGGAACCCUGUGGGGACCCGAAUUAAGACACCCAUCCCCACCAGCCUGCGCCAGAGGGAAGGUGAAUUUUCCAAAGUGCUGGCCAUUGCUCAGAACUUUGUGUGAGCAGUGGCCAGGCCACUGGCUGCACUGAGACUCAUGGGAGGGAACUCGGGGCCUCAUGCCAGGGAACAGUGUCCUGUGAAAAAAUAAACCUUUUCCUGUGUGUUC